AUGAUCCUCCAUAAGGCCGACGACGCGUUGAUGUGCAAGGUAUUCGUAGUGACCUUGCGAGGAGCAGCCCAAGAUUGGUUCCACACCCUGCCAUCUGGGUCGAUCAACAGCUUCAAGGAGUUGGCUUACGUCUUCACUAAAGAGUGCACCUCUUACCGGACGAUCAAGAAGAACCCUGACCACCUGUACAACCUGCGCAAGAAGUCCGACGAAUCCAUUCGAGAUUACAUCAAGAGAUUCAAAGCAGAAAAAGCCAACAUUGUAGGAUGUGACAACCGGAUCACCAUCAUCUGCUUUCAAGAAAGGCCUCCAGCUGAACACGACUUGUACCGCGAGCUGACUAUCACUCCCAGCCAGACUCUGGCAGAGGUCUACGCGACCGCGGAACGCUAUGCGCUUUGGGAUGACGAUCGAAUCACCGCAAAAAAGUCUACUAAGCAGGAAGAUCAACCGACUAAGCGGGCAGGUCAAAGAAGCGAUGGAUUUAGCAACAAGAACAAGGAUAAGCGCAGGUCACACCCACAAGGAGACGUUGCAGCAGGAGAGAACUACACCAAGUUCACCAUCCCCAUACAUCAAAUCUUAGCCCAAGUGAAAAACAAACCUUGGGUAAGAAGACCGCCACCCUUGAAAGGAGAUCCAAACAAGAGGGAUACAAGCAAAUACUGUGCCUUCCAUGGGACACACAGGGCACACUACCAAUAA